GAUAGCUAGCAGUGGACAAGAAGAAAGAAUUGUGGUUGGAAGAACCUACUUCUUAGUUGUGGACAUCUCCGCCCUCUAGCGAGCGAUCGUAGACCGGAAAAGGGCGAACAUGGGAGGAGGAGAGGAUCCGCAGAAGCUGAAGAAGAUAGCGGCGGCGGCGUACGACUACGAGAACGAUCCCAAAUGGGCCGAUUACUGGUCCAAUAUUCUCAUCCCUCCACACAUGGCCUCCCGCUCCGACGUCGUUGACCACUAUAAGCGCAAGUUCUACCAGCGACACAUUGAUCCAGAUCUGGUGGUUGAGCCAAUGGCACCCAGCAGCUCUUCUCAGCAAGCAAAACCAUCUGCUCCACAGACAUCAUCUUCAUCAACUUCAAAUGGCCAGUCACGAGCACAUACCUCAGAGUCAUCUGGGAGGACAUCCAGGACAUCAACUGAUUCAACAACUCCAGCUUCAAAUCCAACUUCUUUGCGCUGGGAUAGGCAAACUGUACAAUUUUCUGUCAACGCUUGGGUCUUUGUUAUGGCAAUACUUGCAAUCUUUCCCCUUAUUCCUACAAAUCUGUCAAACAGGGCAUAUAGACUUUCCUUUAUCGGAACGACGUGUUCGGCCCUAUAUUCUUUAUAUACAGCACAUGGGAAGCCCAGGGCAUGGAAUAUGCAAGCAUUGCAAGUGUGGUUGCAGUCAGUGAUUGUGGCAAAGGAUUUUAUCUACUUUAUAUACUGUCUUACCUUUGUCACUUCACAUCUUUACCUCAAAUUUGCUUUGAUUCCAAUUUUAUGCCAAGAACUUGAGCAUAUCGUAAAGUUCCUUAGGCGUAACUUUAGCAGAACCUCUUUAUACAGGAAGUACUUUGAUGACGCAUGUGUCUGGGUUGAGUCAAAUGCGAGUACGCUUAAGAUACUGACUUCACAAGCUGAGAUUGGACUUGGGUUCCUUUUGAUUAUCUCUCUUUUCUCGUGGCAGCGCAACAUAAUACAGACAUUCAUGUAUUGGCAGCUACUAAAGCUCAUGUACCAUGCACCAGCAACUGCUGGUUACCAUCAGAGUGCAUGGACAAAGAUUUGGAGGGUCAUCAAUCCUCUCGUCCAAAAAUACGCCCCAUUCUUGAACACACCUAUUUCUGCUGCACAGAAGUGGUGGUUGAGGUGAAAGAAAGCAUCUCCAACAAACAUUAACUGCAGUGUGUUGAUAUGCUCCAGGGCAUCUGAUCAUUUGAGGUGGGUUAGCAUCUUAGCACCAGUGAAUUGGUGAGAAGGAUAUAUACAUGCUCUCUUCUUUAAUGAACUUUUCUUUGGUGCACACAGUUUACUGCAUACACUUUUUGUUAUGGGUAUAACUUUCCGGAAAGACAAUUUAAGAGUGAAAUUCUAAGUAACAAAAUAUGAUACUCCCUAAUAAAAAAAAAUUGUCUUUGGCAGAUGUUUUAUU